GGGCGGCAAUUCUAGUCGUAUAAAUACACCCCGUCUGGAAUUGAUUGCCAUCAAAUCGUCAACAAAUUGACCAGCGAACAUGUGGAAAGUACUGUGCUUUGGACUGCUCUGCCUGGCUGUGGUCCAGGCGGCCGUCAUCCGACCCGAAACUACAGAGGCAACCGCAACGACCACUCCCAUUCCCGAGGACGAGGAGUCAACCACCACUGUGGCCAGCAAUACUUCUGCUUUGAGUCGCGACGAGGAGGCCACCAUAUUGAUUGAUCCUGCCCCGGGAACUCUACACGAGGAUGAGGCUCCCGUUCAGGAAAAGUCCGGAAAACUCCUGCUCCUAAGCACGCCACCCAAAAGACCCGUGGAAAUUGAAAGGCAGCUGGAGGAGGACGAGGAGGAUGAGCAGGAUAGUCCCGCUGACGCGGAGCCAACCACAACCGUGCCAUCAAACACUGUGGAGAAGGAGGAAGAGAAAAAGCAGGAGCAAACGGAGGAGGCAACUGUAACCACAGAGAGUAGCACCACUCCGGCCACAACCAAACUGUUUGCCGUCGAUGCCCGGCCCGCCAAAGAGGACUCGCCCCCGCCCAAUGUGGCCGUAUCCCUAUCACAGGACAAUGUCACUGUUUCGAUUUCGGAGCAGCCGCAGGUGCCCGGCGACAAUAAUGCUGCCGUAGAAUUGGCCUUCGUGGAGCCGGAGGCAGAGUACGUGCUAGUGGAUAGCAGUCACGAUGGCUUCGACAUUGAGUUGGACCCCGACUUGCAGCUGGGCAGCUUCACGCACAUCGACAGCGAUGUCCACUUGCAGCCGGCGGUGCACUCGGUGGAAAUCGUGCCCACCAGCUUCGAUGAUCCUUUGAUUGUCAAUUACGUGCACAAUUUGCGAUGACUUGGCCAACAGGACGAAGGGGGGCUCAACAAUUAGUACCCUCCCUUUUGUUUUCCAGGACUCUGUUAAAGUUGCUUUUGAUCUGUG